AUGGUUGAAGACGAUUGCGUCGAAAAUGCAAUCCCUAUUUCCAACGUAACCGGAGAGAUCCUAGCCAAAGUGAUCGAGUAUUGCAAGAAACACGUUGAUGAUCGUGGUUCGGAAGAAGAACUCAAGAAUUGGGACGGAGAGUUUAUGAAAAACAUCGAUCAAUCGACGCUUUUCAAUCUAAUUCUAGCUGCUAAUUACUUAAACAUCAAAAGCCUUCUUGAUCUCACUUGUCAAACGGUUGCUGAUAUGAUCAAAGGUAAAUCUCCUGAUGAGAUUCGCGCUACUUUCAACAUCAAAAACGAUUUUACACCCGAAGAAGAAGAAAAGAUUCGUCAAGAAAAUCAAUGGGCUUUUGAAUGA